CCAAGGCGGCGGCGCGCCCGACGUGGCGCGAGCUGCCCAGCCCCGCCCCGCCCCCUGGAGUUCCCGUGGCCCGCAAGUGCCCGCGCGCUCCGGUCUCCUCUAAGGUCUGCAGUAUUAACGCAGAGGAAGCGGGAGGUAGGGUGCCCGCCUGUCUCAGCUGGAAGAACUGGAAGACGGGAGGACGCCGUGAAGCAGCGAGGAUGGCCGGGAGGAGGAGGGGGCGGCGCUAAGUCUGGGCAGGGGCGCGGUCACUACCGAGGCUUCCCGCUGAGGCUAGGGCGGCCACGUCCAGCUCUCCCAGGGUGUAGAAGCCGCCCGGUGUUUGUCGUGCUCAGGACCUCCAGACAUGUCCGAGGUGAAGAGCCGGAAGAAGUCGGGGCCCAAGGGCGUCCCCGCGUCCCGGGAAGCGGAUCCCGGGAAGCGAAGCGAAGGCGGGAAGAGCCCCGAGGCCCGGGACGGUAGAGGCGCAGGCUGGGUGGACCCCCGGACCGGCGUGAGCCUGCUGUCGCUGGGGACGUGCCUGGGCCUGGCCUGGUUUGUAUUUCAGCAGUCAGAAAAGUUUGCAAAGGUGGAAAACCAAUACCAGUUACUGAAAAUAGAAACCAAGGAAUUCCAAGAGCUUCAAAGUAAAAUCAGUUUAAUUUCAGAAAAGCUUGAGUCUACUGAAAGUAUCCUGCAGGAAGCUACAUCAUCCAUGUCUUUGGUGACUCAGUUUGAGCAGGAAGUAUCCAGCCUCCAAAGUAUCAUGCGUGACAUUCAAAAUAGUGAAGAGAUGCUCACUCAAAAGAUGCAAAGCCUUAAUGAGAAAUUCCAGAAUGUUACAAAUUUCUGGAAGAGAACCCUGGAGGAAAUGAAUAUUAAUACAGACAUUUUCAAAUCAGAAUCAAAACAUGUGCAUUCUCAAGUUGCUGUCCAAAUUAACUCAGCUGAACAGGGAAUAAAAUUGCUCACUGAAAGGCUAAAAGAUUUGGAAGACAGCACACUAAGAAAUAUUAGAACAGUAAAAAGACAAGAAGAAGAGGAUCUUCUGCGAGUAGAGGAGCAGCUUGGCUCUGAUACAAAAGCAGUGGAAAAGUUAGAAGAGGAACAACACACUCUCUUUGCCAGAGAUGAAGACCUGACGAAUAAGCUUUCCAGCUACGAACCCAAAGUUGAAGAAUGCAAGACACAUUUGCCAACCAUUGAAAGUGCUAUUCGCUCUGUUCUCAGAGUCUCUCAGGAUCUGAUAGCAACAGAAAAGAAAAUGGAAGACUUAACUAUUCAGAUGUUUAAUAUGGAAGACGAUAUGCUGAAGGCAGUAUCUGAAAUAAUGGAGAUGCAGAAAACCCUUGAAGGAAUUCAGUAUGAUAAUAGCAUAUUAAAGAUGCAAAAUGAAUUGGAUGUUCUGAAAGGAAAAGUUCAUGAAUUUAUAGUAUAUUCAAGUACAAGAGAAAAGGGGACUUUCGAAGACUAUAAUCUAGAAAAUAAAGGAAUUGAUAGUGAUUUUUAAAUGCACUACAUUCAUUUUGAUGAACCAUAUUAUAUAUAAAUUGAUUUCGUUCUGUGUUUCGUGUUAUUGGUAUGCCACACUGUACCCUACAUUAUUGGAAAAGAAGUGAGGUGUCCACACAAAUGGAUUAUCCAGAUAAUCAAAGUUUAUCUUUUUAAGCAAUAAAACUUAUUUCAUUUGAAUCAUUUUAAUAGAAAUAUUUCUAAAAUAUGUAUUUCUCUACUUUUUAAAAAUAAUAGACUUAAUAUUUUAAAAUAUUUUUCUAGUAAUUAAUGGGCCUCAUCAUGAAUUUCACCUAUUGGACCCAAAUAUAUUAAUGUCUCUAGGAGCUAUUGAGGAGUAUUUACCUCCUCACUAAAUGACCCGUUUGCUAUUUUUCAAACCUUAUAUCUACUUCGUACACCUUUUAUGCCACCUGAAAAGGUGACCACUGUCAGGUCAGUUGAUAAGUGUGCCAGUCUCAGUGAGUUCUUCAUUUCUUUUGCAAUUUACUGUAGGCUAAGAAUCCACACAACCAAGUUCUUGGGAAUUUUGUCUAAAAUAAAAGAUAACAUGCUUGGUGGAGAGCCUGGGUCCUUUGCUACGGAUUAAUAUGCACUUCUUGAAAAUUAUGGAACCUAGGAAACAUUUUUCCUUCUUGUUAAGGUGGUAAACUGUGUUACAGAUACUUGUAAGAAUUUUUAAAUAAGAAUAAAUAUGUUUUUACUGGAGGCGUUUCCUAUGAAUUAAGUGUGUAUGCUUUGAAGUAUGGACUUUCAGAAUAUUUUUGUAUACCUGUGCAUUUUUUUUAAGGUUCUGACUGUGUUGCAGACUCACGAGUUUGCUAGAUGCAUGAUCUCUAGAUAAACUAUGUGUAUUCUACUUACUAUAAAAAUACACCAAGAAGCCUGUGGCCUAUUUUAAAGGGAAAAAAGCAGCAUAAUGAGAAAUGGUGACAAUUAUGGUAAUUAAAAGUAUGUCAUUAUUUUAAAGAAUCCCCAAACUAAUUAACAAACCAAAUUUGUUUUACAUAGUGAUUUUAUUUUACUCAAAAUUAUAUAAUGGAGUCACAAGGAAUAAGACAUGGACGUACUGAGAUGAGAUUAAGCAAAGGUCUAGCCAUAUUUUUCUAAUGAUAAUCAGAAAUGUGCAGGGAUGCGGGAGCACAUAAGACUUUUAUUGGUAAACUGAUGUAUCUCUAGAGUGUCCAAGGUUGUUGUUGAAAACUGAGUGAAGUGCAUAUGGAAAUACUGUUCUUUCUUGUUCCUUCUUGCCAAUAACCAACAGUAGUCCCAAUUUUAUAAUGCAAUUUCAGUGAAAUUAAACACAAAAGAAUUUGAAAGCAGUUACAAAAGAACUAGUUGUGGUCAGGUACUUUUAUUAUGUAAAUUUGCAUAUUUUUGGAAAAAUCCCAAACAAGUUCUAUGGUAGACAGUCAUGGGUCAGAAAAAAAAGCCUGGAAAACUGCUACCGUUGAAGGGCAUAGCAUUAAUUUCUAGAAUCUUAACAUUAAAUUUCUUGACUUCUGAAUGUCUACGUUCUUAUCUGUGUGCACUGACAAAAUUGUAUUCAUUUGCUUUUAUUUUCAUGCUAAUAAAAUAGAUUAUAAAGUUAACUGGAAAUGCUGUUUCAACCUCUGUCCUGUAGGGCAGAUGUGAUCUCUUGUACUCUUCACUUUUAUUUAUUUUUUUGGCCUAUCACCAUAUUUGAUACAUUAUUAUUAUUAUUAUUAUUGUUAUUAUUAUUAACUUGUAUAUAUCAUAGUAAAGGUUACAGAAAAUAAAUGAAAACAGGUGGCCAGUGUGCUCUAUAGUGACAGUUACAAAGGGAAACAAAAACUGCUUUUCUCCAAGGAUUUCAUGAGAAAACUAUUGUGUAUGUGUAUAUACACAUGUAUCUAUUCAUUUAUUCAGAGGUUUCCUUAUAAAAAGUUAUCAUUAGAGAGUUUCAGAUGUACCUAAUUUGUCUUCCUCUGUUUCUUACAUUCAACACCAAUACUUGAAAUUUCAAAAACUUACCUGCGUAUCAAAUAUUAAAUCUUUCCUAUAGGAAAGAUUACCAUAUUCUAAGACACCUUUUUUUGGUAUCUUUGUAAUUGAUAAUAAAUUUCGUAUCAAUUGA